CACAGGCUCUGUACUGCUUAUUGCCCUGCUCACUGAGCACGUUGAGGCGAACAUACUCCCUCUAGUUCACAGCAGCAUUGCGAUUCACAGCAAAGAGUUGCAUCGCAUUGACCUUUUCGGUAGCUCGAUAACUCGCCUGGUCGGAUAGCGAUGGCGGCGCGAUGGGGAGCAGGAAUUCGGAACGGAUUCCUCGGUCAGUUCUCACACUACCUCAUUCGCUACGCAACAUGGAUCCCUCCAUUGGUGGUCUUCAACGGCUGGGUUGCCGAGAUCACACAAAUCAAGGGGCCGUCCAUGUAUCCUUUCUUCAACCCGCACUACAAUGAGUCAACACGUCGGGACAUCGUACUGGUCUCUAAGUGGUACCCGGACCGGAACCUCAAGCGCGGCAUGAUUGUGACCUUUAGAAACCCACUGAACCCAAAGGGAAAGGUCGUAAAAAGAGUGGUCGGAAUAGCAGGCGACGUGAUCCGUACCAAGGCGCCUUACCCGCAUGAAUACGUCCAGGUACCAGAAGGGCACAUCUGGGUCGAAGGAGACGGCGAUAAGACCAAGGACAGUAACUACUACGGCCCGAUAUCAGCGUGCUUGGUCACCGGCCGUGUCACGCAUAUUCUGUCGCCAUGGGAUCGAUUUGGGCGGGUAAAGUGGUGGGAGCAUAACUUGCGACCAGGGAUCAAGAAGGCACGCCAUCUGCUGGAGUGAGCCGUUGCGAAUCGAUGCACACCUUGUUUGCGUGAAUGGUUCAUAUUCACACAUGCUGCUUUCUUGGGUGCACAUACAGUCCUUGUGGAUUUGUAGACGAGAUAGGAUGCUCAUCGUCAACAAACACGGGUGGGAAACGACAAGGGUGGCAGUCAAACAAAAAGGAGGAAACAGCAGCACUUUCAGUGCUGGACCACAGGCCUCUGUUUGUUUACUAUUGUCUCAGGGGGGGUCGACUGAUGUACAGAAUACUAUUCGAGGGGCCCGAUGGUUACGUGCGGGUUAACAACACGCACGAGCCACAUCGAUUGCUGCAUGAACCCUGCAACCCGACGGUGCGCCCGAAAAAAAGGUGCGGUGCUUUGGCCGGAUAAGCCAGUCUUGGCAUUCCCAAGGGCGCAAAGGCGGCCGCGAAAUUUAUCAAAACUUGGAUCUUCUCGCAUCCAUAUCUCACUUAGC